AUGGUAUGGGUUGCUAACAGAGAAAUUUUGAUCAUGAAUCCCUCAGGCGUUAUAAAGAUCGUCAACCCAGGAAUUCUUGUACUUCUCAAUAAAACCGCUGGCCAAAUCAUAUGGUCUACCAAUACCUCAAGAUCUGUACAGAACCCAAUUGCACAACUCUUGGAAUGUGGAAAUCUUGUUGUCAAAGAUACAAAUGAUGAUAAGCUAGAUAACUUUUUGUGGGCAAUGAUAAUCCUGCACAAGGAUUCUAUACGUAUUGGUUGGAUCUUCAUGGAUAUCCACAAUUUUAGGGGAGCAAUGGCUCAGUUGAGUGGUAUAGGUAUGGACAGUAGAAUGGAGGCGUAUUAUAUUUACGAGCUACCUAAUAUUUCAAUUGUGUUGAGGCUUCUAAUCAACAAGAAUGGUUCCAUCCAGCGUUGGACAUGGGUGAAUGGAAGAGGUUGGGUGCUUUACAUAAUCAAACCAACAAAUUCCUGUGACAGUUAUGCCAUGUGUGGUGCUGUCAUGACCCGAACCCGCCCCUAA